UCGUCGUUGCACUUUUUUUUUUCUCCCUCCGCCUCUUCCUCCAGUCUUGCGAGAAACAAGAAAAAACUAAGGAACGACAAGUUGCUUUGAUAGCUGGGAAACUAGCAAGAGAGCAACUCUACACCGGCUCCAGACGUCCUCUCGGCUCCUGUUUGUUCAACUUGAGGGGCUGUCAUCGAAGAAACGGCGGAGAAAUGGCCACAAGAGGAGGAGGAAGUGGUCACAUUGUCAGGAUGCAAGCGGAUAUUCGUAGUUGAGGAUCUGCCAGAAGCACAACUUUACCCCAAGAUGAGCUCUGCCCUCCAUCAUAUUUCAGCAGUCUUUGCCUACGUUGACACUAUAUCGUGUCAGAGUAACAGUGAGCCAACAAGGUGUGACUCCAGAUCUCUGAUCAUGCUCUUGUGAUGAUACACAGGCUACCCUUCCCGUAUCCUGUUCCUAUUGUCUGCAACAAGGACACGUCCUUCUAUUCAGACCCUGUCCUCCUGAUCCCCCCUCCCUCCCUUUGAUUUUCUGGGCCAUGCUCCGCAAGAGAGGUUCUCUCAUUCUUUGUGGUACGUUCCUGUUUAUCACCUGGAACGCCAUACUGGUGCUUCUGCUGUGGGGCAGACCCCCGCCUGGCCAGCCGGGCGACCCCGGCCGAGAGCACAGGGAACUGGCUGAAAGGCCGACUAAUGAUGUGCUGGGAGAUAUGCUCCGUAUGGCAGACACGGUUGAAGCAGAGCUUGAAAGGCAAAAACAAAUUCUGCUGCAGAUCCAGAAUCGCCAGUCACUAUGGGAGCCGUCGAACAUAAACGGACCCAAUGUUGUCAUCCCCCGUCAGCCUGUCAUUCCUAUCCUGGUUAUGGCCUGUAACAGGGUCACUGUGAGGCGCUGCUUGGACAAACUCCUGGAGCACCGUCCUUCAGCAGAGCUUUACCCAAUCAUAGUGAGCCAGGACUGUGGACACGCUGAGACGGCGGAGGUGAUUCGCUCUUAUGGAAAUCAAGUAACUCACCUGAAACAGCCGGACUUGUCGGAUAUCGCUGUGCCACCCGCGCACAAGAAGUUUCAGGGUUACUACAAAAUCUCCAGGCAUUACCGCUGGGCUCUCAACCAAGUGUUCAAGACUCAGUCUCACUCCUCUGUUGUCAUCGUAGAGGAUGACCUGGAGGUGGCACCAGACUUCUUUGAGUACUUCCAAGCCUUGCUGCCACUUCUGAAAUCUGACCCUAGUCUGUGGUGUGUGUCAGCCUGGAAUGACAAUGGCAGGGAUGGCUACGUGGAUCCAGGGAAGGCAAACUUGCUCUACCGGACAGACUUCUUCCCCGGGUUAGGGUGGAUGCUCCUUAAAGAGGUGUGGGAGGAGCUGGAGCCCAAGUGGCCCGCUUCAUUCUGGGACGACUGGAUGCGUCAGCCCGAGCAGCGUCGCGACCGUGCCUGCAUCCGCCCAGAGAUCUCACGGACUAUUACCUUUGGGCGGCAAGGCGUGAGUCUGGGUCAGUUUUUUGACAAGUACCUGCGUUACAUUAAACUGAAUACCGAAUUUGUGCCUUUCACAGAGUUAGACCUGAGUUACUUGAAGGAGGAAACAUACAGAGAAAAGUUUGAGAAGGAAGUUUAUAGUGCUCCUGUGGUUACAUAUGAAGGUGUCAAGCAGGGGAAGCUAAAAGGACCCGGGCCCUUUCGCCUUCAAUACUCUAGCAAGGACAGUUUCAAAGUGAUGGCCAAAAACCUGGGAAUCAUGGAUGACUUGAAGUCUGGAGUCCCAAGGGCAGGAUACAGAGGGGUUGUCAGCUUCAUCUCAAGAGGACAGAGAGUCUUCUUAGCCCCUCCUCCAGGAUGGACCAAGUAUGAUACCACCUGGAGCUGAUAAUCCAGAAGAAAACCUAUGUGCAGUAGCCUUUUUGUAAUCUCUAAAAGGCCAUUGGGGAGAGCAUUCCAGACCAAAGACUGAUGUUGUUUAAGUUUCUCUUUGAAUGAUAUGUACUCAAGUUAAUUGUCCUUGAUAAUGCAGAAUGGAUUGUCCCUCUUUCUGGUGUAGGGCUAUUGCCAAUGCCACUCAGGUCUUUUUCAUAUUCCAAAACAUUUCUUACAGUGUAUAAUACAGCCUAAACAGCUUGUCAGACAAAACUGCUGUAAUUCACCAGAGAUCUAUUUUUAUACUAUGCUAAUUGUGCACAUGACAUUCAUCAAUGCAUUCAAUGCAAUUCCUAGUUUGCCACUUUUGUUUGAAUUAUUUGCAAUUUCUGGUAGCCUAUUUAUGUCUGGUACAAAUAUGAAAACAUAAUCUGUGGUAUGGUUGCUUAUGGUGGUGGUCACUGGUCAUAACUGCAGUAUAAUCUGUCAUUUGAUUCUCAUUGUUUAUGUCCUCUAUGAAAAUCAGUUCUUCCCAAAUACACUUUAAUGUCAAAUAAUUUUGAUUCUUGAUGAUUCUUCAAUGUAGUACUACUUGCAGGCCUGUUAACUUGCAAACUCCAUUGUGUGUGUUUAUAUAUUUUUGGAAUAAAAAACCAAUACACAAUCUAGA